UCUUUUAUAUAUCUGUCAAAUCUGAUUUGAGUACAAAUGUAGCAGAUGAUGUGUCAUUUCAAUAAGAAAUGUGCUUUUGGUUCAUACUGAGGAAAUAAGCAGUGAAUAAGCAGUCAGUGUUGGUCGGAUGUAAAGUCUAUCCAGUAUCAUGUUGACCAAAGGGCGUUUUAAGUUGAAAGUACCGAGCGGAAGAAGUGUUGCCAUUAAGUGCGCAGUGCUUGAAGAUGAACAGUGCGCUGCUGGCUGCAUGGAGCAGAGCUGUGGACGAGUGCAGCGGGUAGUUUUGUUCCCGGACUGCAGCCCGUGGACAGCAGCACUGAUGGACUGAGAGAAGGACCAGUGUGCUCGGAACAACACUGACAAGUCUCCCGCGUUCAGGAGUCUUCUCCGGGCUUUGGAUAAAGAAAAGACCGGUGUCAGCUGGGUGAAGACUGGAGCCUGAACGCCGCAGCAAACAUGGAGUCCAUCCCGAACUCUCUCCACCAUGUCGCUGUCUGUACGUCCGGUCAGACGCCUCACCUCCAGAUCCAUCACUAGGAGCCAGAGUUUCACCGGAGUCAACACUUACGACAAGCCCUACCGGAACCUCUCGGUGUUCAGCACUCCAGGUCUCAACAGGAAGCCCAGCAGAGCCAGCAGGAUGUUCACUAUGUCCACCAAGUCGAACCCACCACCUAAAGUUCCUCAACCAGAGCGACUGGACCAGGUCUAUGAGGCUCUGAAGAAAGGCCUUCAGUCGUACCUGCAGGUUUAUCAGAUGGACUUGGACAAUCUCAGCAAACAGAUGAAAGAAUCAAAGAGGAACUCCAGACUGGGUUUCCUGUAUGAACUGGAUAAGCAAGUAAAGGUGACUGAGAGGUACAUAAGACGCCUUGAAUUUCAUCUCAGCAAGAUUGAUGAGCUGUAUGAAGCUUACUGCCUGCAGAGGAGACUCCGAGACGGAGCCGACAAGAUGGUGAAGGCUUACACUGCCUCUCCAGGCAGUAAGGAGGCCAGGGAGAGUUUAACAGAAGCUAAUAAAGGAUACAAAGAGUACACUGAGAACAUGUGUGUGUUGGAGAGUGAGUUGGAGAACCAGCUGGGGGAGUUCCACAUUAAGAUGAAAGGUCUGGCUGGAUUUGCUAGAUUGUGUGCUGGAGACCAGUAUGAGAUCUUCAUGAAGUACGGCCGUCAGCGGUGGAAGCUCCGAGGUCGAAUAGAGAUCAAUGCCAAACAGGUGUGGGACAGUGAAGACAUGGUCUUUCUGCCACUUAUCAGUGAGUUCCUCUCCGUGAAGGUGACCGAGCUGAAGAGCUUAGCCAAUCACGUGGUUGUAGGAAGUGUUUCCUGUGAGACGAAGGACCUUUUUGCUGCACUACCACAGACAGUCGCCGUGGAUAUUAAUGACCUUGGGACUAUUAAGCUAAGCCUUGAAGUCACAUGGAAUCCGUUUGAUAAAGAUGAUCAGGGCUCAUUGUCAAGCACAGUCAACAAAGCUCCAACAGUCAACAAAAGAUUCUCAACUAUCUUCAACCAGAGUCCACCUGACACGCCAUCUUUACGAGAACAAGCCUUCUAUAACAUGCUCCGCCGUCAUGAAGAGCUUGAGAACGGAGCAGCAUGGUCAAAUUCUUCUGAAUCCUCCGAUGACUCCUCCAGUCCUCAGAUGUCUGUAGGAGGCCUACGCAAUUCCACACAUAAGGCAGUGUUGGUGACUCCAGACAUCCAGCCAGCUGGAACAGGAAGUUCCUCCCCACAGCCUGACAUCUCAUUUUGCCCCAGAGACUCCUCCUCCUCAUCUCCAAACUCGAGCAGUAAAGUCAGCGAGGUGGCUAAGCACCAAACAGAGAGUGACAGGGAAGAGGAGAAGGGGGCAGUCACUGAACCCAACAGUGAGGACAAGGAUGCAGGGGAACAGUCUCCCAUAGCAACAGGGGACGGUGUUGUGAGCACUUCACGUAGCUACUUGCGCUCUCUGAGCCACAUUAGUGAGAGCAGUGCUGAUGGCAUCAUGUUGACAGACAGGUCAGCUGGUGAAUCGGGGGAGGUGAUGUCUCUGGCCUCUGGGCUGUCCAUCAAUGACAUUGAAAUGGAGAUACCCAGCAGAACUCCUGAGCCACCCACCUGUGCUGCUUCUGACGCUGACCUGUCACUGACGAGGCUCUGCGUUGUCAAAGAAAACACAUCAACUGAUGAAGUCACCGAUCAACAUCCAAAUAUAAAGAAGCUGGCUACAUCCAGCUCUGUCGUCACACCCCCCCCCCCCAGGACUGAAGGAGUGGACCCUAGCACUGUGUCACAAAUGAACACACAGCUAGACGGUGACACACACUCAGAGAGCGGGGAUCUGAUGUAUAUAGCCCGCCGUGUGUCGGUGGAGGAGGAUUUGCCCGGUGCAGGUGCAGAUUGUCUGUCCACAGAGGGGGGCGGUCCUGUGGACAGCGGGUUGGAAGAUGCUCUGGGAACUGUAGUUUCUUCGCUGGACGAUUACAGGGGACAGUUCCCUGAACUACAACUCCUGGAACAAGAGCUGAAGCUGCUGCAGGCUACACUGAAGGGUGGUAAGCACAGCCGCUCACCCAGCAUGGUCAGCCUCACAGUGGAAACAGCUCUGGGCAGCUUUGAUUUCCUCAACACGUCUGACUGGGAGGAGGAAGAGGAGGAGAAGAGUGACAGGAGGGGUAGAAGUGGCAGGUCUCUGCAGGACAGAGGCUGGGACUGCCCCUCCUCCCCCACCUUCCCCCUCACCACAGGCUGCACCCCUCUGGACUGCUCCCUGACAGAGCAUUUGAAGAACUGCAGCACACAGUUGUUGCGUCUGGGUACAUUCGGUCCGCUGCGCUGUGGAGAGAUGUACGCCUUGGACCGACUGCUGAGAGAGGUUCAAGUCCUUGAAAACAUCCGACGCGUCACUAAAGACAACCCAAGACGCCUGAGACAGCCUGCUGAGGUAAUACCACAGCUGGGUCUGUGCCUGGGUGCCGUGUCACUAUGGCAACAAUGCAUGGGGCAGGGCAGUGUCUACAGGGUCUCUGCUGAGAGCUUCCUGGCUACGCUGUCUACAGUCUACUCUAGAAUGCUGCCUGAAAGGUCCAGCAACAUGGCCGACAAAGUGUUCUUGUGUCUAGUUGAACGAAUUCUGGAUCAGAGGUUACCACGGCGAGGCAGCAGCAGAGACAGUGUGAUGGUGACACUCUUCCAGCUGUGGACUUACCUAGAGGCUAAUGGCAUCAGUGACAUGGAAACACACAUCACUGAGCUUGCAGAAGAAGUGUGGUUGGUGCAUAGCCUGGAAUCAUGUGACCAGGAUGUGAUUGUCCAUGCUCUGCGGCGUCCUGCAGAGAGCAGCCUGAGGAGAGAAGGACUUCAUGCUGUGGCCAAAUUACUGAAAGACCCACGAGGCAAAAUAUCAGCCUCUGCCAGCUCUGUGCUCAGAAGCCUGACUGCCCAGCCCAGACAGAGGGAGCAGGCUUUGGUCAGCUGUUUGGAGCUGCUGGAAGAUGAGAACAUGGACACCAGAGUGUGUGGAUGCAAAGCCUUAGCCUGUCUUAAGGCCAAAGAGAGUAUCGAACAGUUAGUGUAUAUUUGUCGGACAGACAAGGAGGAAGUCCGUGAUGCUGCCAAGCAGGCUCUGCUAGUGCUCGGCGAGGAGGGGAAGAUGGCCCACAGACAUGUGGAGACAUCUCAAGACAGCAUACCAAGACUCUUCGCUCCAGGGAGCAUGGCCAGCACUGCUUUCUAACACUACACACACACACACACACACACACACACACACACACACACACACACAAUGGGUGAGAACAAAAGUCAGAAACACAGUUGCUGUGACGCGUCAUGAGAAUAUACAGUGCACAUUAGUGUCACUCAAACAUACAAAGGCAAAUAUCAUCUGUGAUGUAGACACUAUCAGAGAGGUCACCAUUAUGCUCACAUCCAGACAGCAACUGUAAUCAACACUGGGCAAAGUCACUAAGCUACAAGCACACCAUGUCGAUCAACCUAUGCCAACUACUAUGUGAGCAGGCUUGGAUGGACAGAUGUGUGAAGAGAUGUGUAAAAGGAUGAAAUGAACAUUGAUGGAAGAAGAUGUGGUGGAGUUAAGAGGGCAGGAGGGAACAUGUCAUAUUUUAGUCCUGUCUUUAGUAAGUAAGUUAGCAAAAGUCUAAGAAGCUAUCAUUUUUCAUAGACUACUGCCCAAGAAUAUACAAAAUGUUUUCUUCUUUUCACUCUGUGAAUUUGACUGCUUACAUGGUGAACCAGUACGCAUACAUAGAGUUCUAUUAUUAUGGUUGCACUUGCAUAUUGGCUAGACUAAUGGCUAGAGGUCUACACUCUCUGUGUGCUCCUCUAGGUCUGUCAUGUGAUCCGCCUGGAAAUGGCUGUUGUCAUACAGUUCUGCCUUUACUCUUGCCACUGGCCAGAUGUCUGGUUACCUGUCUGCAGUCUUGAGUUGAGGCCAAAUCAAGCCAAAUCAAAACUAAGAGCAAAAAAAAAGGUUCUUUAUAUUUUGGUCUCACUGUUUGUAAAAUGUUGCAUUACUUGCUGAUAGUGGUUUGUGGUUACUACUUUAAAAAGUAAGUGAAUAAUGUUAGAAACAGAAUAUUAUAUUCUUGCACAAUGUUACGUCUAAAAUGACGAUGCUUGGUUGUUACGUGGCAAAGACUCAGUACAGACAACAAGCUUUACCUGCAUUUGUCAGUGACAGUGCAGAACAGUUAUGGUGAUGUUAAAAAGUGUCUACAGAGAUCUGACCACUAACUGACAGCAGAACUACGGUCUUCUAUGAGGCAAGAACAAUCAAAAGUAUGAGUAUGAGAGCAGACUGAAGUACUGCAUCCUGACACUGUGCGACGCUUUUCAGAACGGAUGAGAUGAAUCUGUAGAGGAGGUCACUAUGUCCACACUUGAGAAAUUAUGAUGAACUCACUUAAACAUUCUCUAAAUAUAGAUAUUCAGAAAUUGUUAGACUUAUUCAUAUGUAUUGCUUUUUCAUUGCAGAAACAAUAAUUGAGCAGAUAAUUGAGACUGUGAACUCAUUAAGAAUCCACAGGAUAGAAACGGCAGUACUGCUUCAGAGGAUAGGUUUGGAAUUGCUCUUAUUAGACUUGAGAGUUAUUGGUUGCUGUGAUCAUUGUUCCUUUUCAUUAUGACCCUGACUGCAGUCAAACUGUACAGGCUGGAAGAGAACCUGGGCCCAGCCUUGGUACAUAGCAGGUGAGCUACCAGGUACCCCAACCCCCCAUGUGUGCAUCCCUGAUCUUGCUCCAAGAACUCUUUGUGUGUUUCUGAAAGUGUGCAGUUCCUCUUUGUGUGAUUCACUGUAACAGGACUACAGACAGUCUGUCCUAAAAGGCAUUCACAGUGUGUAAACACAAAAAUGACAGAAAAGGUAGAGCUUGUCAGAACAGAUCUUGUCUGCUUUCACUUAAUGAGGUGAUUGUUAGAUUGUCAGUUUAGUCAGAAUUUGAAGAGAUAGACAAGAAAGCUCAGUGUGCCCUCCCUAUGGUAUCCGAACAAAGAGUUUUCACUUUUUGUUCCUGCACUGAAAAAGAAACAUAAAAGAUUGCAAAACAAAUAUGGACUAUAUCUUGAAUAUCUUUAUUUUUUAGAGCAAACCAGUAUUUCUUCCCACUGAGCUGAACUUCAUGCAUGUUGCAUCACAGAGAGUUUGGACUGUGUUAGUGUGUUUGGGGAGAUCCACACCUUGGAAAAAAAAUUUGAUUGCAUUUGUUGAUAUGAUGGGAUCUGUCAGUGGAGCUGGAGUCCUCUGGCCAGUUGUAUUAUGAAGUCACUUGUAACGGGUGAUAUGAUGGUUUCACUGUGCUGUUCAGAAUGACAUAUUGUGGCUGAUGCAGGGAUGGAACCCUGGAUACUGUAGAUUGAGCAGCUCAGAUAGCUGCAGUAAACAGCAGCAGCAUGUUUCAGCUGGCAGACUUCACAAAGAGCUUAAAGAAACAGUUGUUUCCUUUCUGUCCCGUAGUGCUGCUACUGCUGGUUUAUUAACUGUGAAAUGUCUUCCAAUUCAAAAUCUGAAAAUGUCUCAUGCCUUUAUGUUUAAUGUUGUCAAUAGAAAGUUGAACAGGUUGAAAAAAUGAAAAGUAUGACUCUAAAUGUAGUUUGAGAGUAUAGAAGAGUGCAGUUCUGCACAGAGACAAUUCAGUGCCAUGUUUUUCUUUUCUUUUUUUCUACAAAUAUGACAUAUCCAUUACAGAAAUACAUAUAAUAUGACUAUAUGCCACUGGAAUAACCUGUGAUUGUAAAUUGUUUUUAGCUUGGUCUUAAUUUGUAAAUGUACACUUUGUUUUAUGAGAUGCAUUUUUACUGUUUAUGGUUGUUUAUGGGUUUGAUGGACACUUCACUGUACCACUGACAUUCUGCUAUAUAUCUGCUGUAAAUGGGAUGAAGUCAUUCCUAUCACAAACUGCUGUGGAGAACUUUGUCACUGAGUAUAGAUAGAUCCAGGUCUAGGUCUUUCAGAUAAAUUCAGAUCAGUAACAGGGGAAGCUCACACCUCAACAAUUCAUAAAUAUGUUUUUCUCUUUUAUAAUAAUAAUAACAAUAACAACAACAACAAUAAUAAUAAUAAUAAUAAUAAUAAUAAUAAUGUUAUUGUUAAUAUUAUUAUUAUUAUUAUUAUUAUUAUUAUUAUUAUUAUUAUUUUCUUCCUUUAAAACAAUUCUAAUAGAACUGGAUUAAAUUUCAUGUCAGUUGACCCGUACAUGGAAUCAUAACAUACAUAUACACUAGUCUAGAAGUCUCUUUCCAAGGCAAGCAUAUUCCAUUUAGAGCGUAUUUUGAAAAUAUCUAUCUAAGAUUUAUGUUUUCUAUUUAUGACUCACUUUUUCAUACAAAAUCUGUACGGAUUCAGUUCCAAAAUUCACAGAGCUGAUGUUUACUGUGAUGGAUUACCAAACGCAAGUAAGUUUUAGCUCUUUGUAGCUUGAUGUUGAUGCCGUACACAUUCUAACAUGUAAAACAUUACAAACUUGCCUGGAAAAUUGGCUUUUUAGUAAAUAAGUUAAAAAAAAAAAAAAACUGUAACACUGGUAGUGGCAUAAUUUCUAAAGAAUUGACUAGAAUAAUACAGUAUUGAAGUAUUCUUAUCUUCAAGUUCUCCACAGUGAGUUUGACCACCGUCAGUGGAAAUGCCAAAAUGUCCAGCCCCUGUGACUACAGUUCUUCCUGUGUAUUGUAAUCUUGCUUCAUUAGCUGACUCUCAUUUUGCUGCUCUGCUUUUUUCUCCGUUACUAUAAGUCAUCUCAGCCUGAUGACUGUUGUUUCACUUUUUGUGUAACAACAAUGUUCAUUAACAUCGCACAAAAUGCAGCAACUUUAUUCUGACGGCUGACAGCUUUAACUGUUAUCAUUUCUUGCUACUUGUGAACCUCCCUUCUUUUCCUUGCACCUCACUUCCUCCCAUCUGACAUGUAAGCAAUUGAAUGUAAUAGAUAUUCACUUAUAUUUGAAAAGACCCUCACCCCAGCUUCACAAUAAUCCGAAUUUGGGCUUAAAAUACAUUGAGAUUAAAGAAUUAACAACACGAGUCCCAAUCCUCUUCUUUGCAUUCUAGAUGCAUAUUUAUUGAAGGCGGUAAUUAAUUACUAAUGUACUAUUAUGUUGAGGUGAUGGGUGGUCAAAUAUAUAGCUAGUUGUUUCUUGUGUUCAAUGUGUAUGUUUAAUAUUUUAAAACGGCAUAUUGAAAGAGCUAGGCUACAGUGACACUGGAAUGGGACUGAUGCCACAUGGGGGGACUCACUGUAUAUAGAAUGGCUACCACUCAAAGCAUUUACCAUUAUUAGUUUUUAUAAGACAGCAUCUGCAGCUAUACCUCUGCAUCCAUAAAGCAUCUCAGUGUUUAAGUGCCUCAAGGAUUCAUAGUAAGAGAUGCAAUAAGACAUGGAUGAGAUACUUAAUUUAUGAAUGAAGAGAGUGUGAAGCAGUGGAAAACCACUGCAGCGCAGUAUAUGUAUUUUUCCACAAUCUUGAUCAGUUGUGCAGCAUUGGAAACAAAAUGUUUUCUUUUUUUUCAUUUCUAAAAUAUAUUUCCAGGCAUUCUGGUGUCAAAUAUAUCAACAAUUAAAAUAUGUUUAAAGAUGA